AUAUACAGACCAAGCUGAAUAUAAAUUGAUCAUGUCCGUAGUUUCCCAAACUGAAAUUCUUGAAAUUCUAUAAACUCAACUAUGGCUUCCUUUCUACCACCUUCUUGCAGCUUCAGCCUUUCUCUUUGCAGGCUCAAGGGACUCAAGUAUCCCCAAGUGAGAUCCCAAAUCUUUAGGGAUGAUGGAGCGUCUGCAAAUAUUGUGGAUGCAAACAUGGGAGUUCUGAGAGAGAGAAUAGAAGAAGUGAGAGUGAAGGAGAGAUUGGACAAAUGUUGCAGGCUUCAAAAUGGUUGGAACUAUGGGUCUGGUUACGAACACAAACACAAGAGAGAUGAUGUGUUAGCUGAAGGUUUGCAGACUAUUUGUUUAGCUGGUGGUGCACUUGGCUUUGUCUUUCUUAGUGGUUCUAUUUCCAUGGUCCUUGUUUCUCUUCUUGUUCAUUUCAUUUAUUAAUUAUAUAAUUAAAAAUCGUAGUUUAUUAUAGUAGCUAAGUAUAUAUCUCCUUCAAACUUUUUGUGUAAUAUACAUCUUAUUUAGUUA